CAGUUGUUACGUUUCUGCCAACAUGGCGGUGUACGAUAGUUUGAAGCUUCAUAUAACCUCAGAGAAGUUUAUUAUUGAACCUGUAGUGCCAAGCAGUGAUAACCCAGAGCUUCUAGUUAUAGACAGAGUCACUCAAGAUAUUUCAAUCCAAGGUUUUAAAAAUGAGAUUCCAGCCUCUGCCAUCACAAUCAAUAUCUAUGGCAUUGUGGGCAUCAUUCGCCUUGUUGCAGGACCAUACCUGAUAGUUGUCACACAGAGGGAAAAGGUUGGCUUGCUGAAGAACCAUGCCAUAUGGAAGGUGGCCAAAACAGAAGUCUUCAGUUAUAAAAGAUCACUCACACAUUUGUCAGAAAGACAGGUUGCCAUCAACAAAAACUACCUGGCAUUGCUGGACACCAUGUUGAACACUGAGAACUUCUACUACUCACCGACCUUUGACCUCACCCACACUCUACAGAGACUGUAUAACACAAGCCCUGACUUCAACACCUUGGCCUUGCAUGAAAGGGCUGACCAGAGAUUUGUAUGGAACUCUAGUGUGUUAAGGGAGCUGUCACAACAACAAGAGCUGGCCAAGUUUUGCCUGCCUAUGAUAUUGGGCUAUGCAACAGUCACUAAGACAACAGUCAACGGACAUGCCUUAGAUUACAUUGUGAUAUCUCGGAGGUGCAUCUUCCGCGCAGGGACCCGGUUUAAUGUGCGAGGUGUUGACCUUCAGGGUCAGGUUGCCAAUUUUGUUGAGACUGAGCAGAUCGUGCAGUAUGGGGAAAGCCUCUGUUCUUUUGUGCAGACCAGAGGAUCUAUUCCAAUUUUUUGGAGCCAGAAAGCAAACCUGAAGAGACUUCCGAACCCUGUGGUUAUGGAUAUUGAUCAUUUGUCUGCUUUCAAGAAACAUUUUGACCACCAAAUCUUUAUUUAUGGGGAUCAAGUGAUUGUUAAUUUGAUCAACCAAGAUGGACCCGAGCAAGUCUUAGAGAAAAAGUUGUCACAGGUUGUCACUAGUGCCCAGAAUAGGAAUAUCAGAUAUGAACCUUUUGAUUUCCACAAAGAGUGUAAGAAAAUGAGGUGGGAUAGGCUGAGCAUUCUAAUGGACAGGCUACAGCAAGAUAGGGUUAAAUUUGGCUACUUUUUGCAAAUUGGCAAGAAGGUCAGCUUGACCCAGACUGGUGUAUUCCGCACCAACUGCAUUGAUUGCUUAGACAGGACCAAUGUUGUUCAAAGUAUGAUUGCUAAAGAAAUGUUAAAAGAGCAGUUUGUGCAACUGGGUAUCAUAGAUGUUGAUCAUAACCUACAGGAUGAAACACAGUUUGAUACCGUUUUUAAAAAUGUCUGGGCAGACAAUGCUGAUGUCAUCUCUAAAGAAUAUGCAGGUACAGGUGCUUUAAAAACAGAUUUCACAAGGACAGGCAAACGAACAAUGUAUGGUGCCUUACAAGAUGGCUACAACUCUGUCAUACGAUACUUCAAAAACAAUUUCCAAGAUGGGAGCAGACAGGAUGCCAUGGAUCUGUUUCUUGGAAAUUAUAUUGUAGAGGAAGAUGAAGGGCUCACAGCCAACUCCUCACCUCUGGAGAACAACAGAGAUUGGAAAUAUUAUGCUGUACCAGUCAUCUUUAUUGUGGCCUUUUCCAUGUUCAUGGUCAGUGUCCUGUUGCCUGAUGAGCAUGUAAGUGAACAGAUGAUGUAUGUGUUGUUCUGGGGCGUGGCUUCCAUCCUCUCCAUGGCAACCAUCUUUGUGUUUGGGACAAUCUAUGUUGACCAGCCCCGCCUGGCGGGAACCAAGUUGAAGUCAGAAUAGCUAUAUGACAACGACAUCUUCAUUGUCUGACUAAUCAAGGCAGUCAGGUUUUUACCACUGGAUACGCGCUGGGGAAUUUUGUAGUUAGCUUAAGGUUAUCAUCUACGGACAACAUAGUUUAAUUCAAGUGUAACCUGUUAUCUAGGUUAUACGUGUGUUGAAUUUAACCUGUUAGAGUUAUUCAUGUGUAGUGUGUAGCCUGUUCUUAUGGUUACACUAUGAAGGUAUAAGUUUAUUGAUGUGUAGUGUGUAACAUGUUAUUAUGGUUACACUAUGAAGGUAUAAGUUUAUUGAUGUUUAGUUUGUAACCUGUUAUUAUGGUUACCCUAUGAAGGUAUAAGUUUAUUGAUGUUUAGUUUGUAACCUGUUGUUAUGGUUACACUAUGGUGUAUGUUUUUUCAUGUGUAGCAUGUAACCUGUUAUAAAAGUUAUUCAUGUGUAGUGUUUAACUAUUUUUUAUGGUUAUACAUGUGUAUUGUGUAACCUAUGAAGGUAUAAGUUUUUUGAUGUGUAGCGUGUAACCUCUUUGUCAGGUUAUACAUGUGUAGUGUCUUCAUCUAUUAUGGUAUUAAGGUUAUACAUAUUGCAUGUAUGACACAUAAUACAAUCAGUCAUGGUGUUAAGGUUAUAUGUUGUGUAUCCUUUGCUAGAGGUAUUCAGUAAUGGAUCUAUUAAUGAUAAGUUACUCAUUAAAAUAAAACAAGUACAUUGUUAUACAUGUAUUAUGUGGAGAAAUUUGAUGAAAUUUAGUUUAGUUUUAACUUGCUCAAUACUAGAAACAAAAUGGUUCAUGAAAGGUCAAAUUUUAGAGAUCUACUGAACUUUGACCUAAGAUGUAAAAAGGGUUACAGGACUUGCUAUAACUAUAACAGAUUUUUUUUUUGCCUGCUUUGUACAUUUUAUUAAAGAUUUAUAAUUCAUAUUUUUGCUUCUGCGAUGUUGUUGAAGUAGGCUACAUUUUAUUUUAAGAUCUUGGUGUUUGUGCUUUUUAACAAAUUUUGUACUGCUAGUGCAGUUUUCUUUUUGAUUGGAGUUUGGUAAGUUUAUUUUUUAAAAUAUUUUUUUAUCCAAAAUAAGUCACGUUAAAAAAAAUUUAGUUGUUUUUAACAAUUUUAAUUGAAAAAGAUGAACUACAUUUUUUCCCAAACAUAUUAAAGCUUGCCAGUAAAAAAAUUUUAGUAAUUAAUAUCUCAUUAAUCCUUGCUGUAAUAACAAGUUUUUAACUAUACUAAAGCCAUUUCUGUCUUAUUAUUAAAACUGGCUCUAACACCUUGAGGAUAGACAUAAAAAAUUUCUUUUCAAUUAUAUACCAGUACCCUGUUUGUAAAACUACUGAAAACUACUGGGACCAAAGGUGUUAAAUAAUUUAUAGACCCAGGUCAAUGAAUAUCACAGAUCCUCACAUAACCACGUAUAGAUAAGUAGUAACACCAUUGUCCAUUCACCCCUGUUUGUUUGUGUGAAUGGUUUUAGCGUAUGAUGACAACAUAUAGAAAAAAACAACUUAUCAUCUGUUUUUUGUCUAAUUAUGAUAACAUUGUGUAUUAUAAUAUUACUAUUUAUUUUUUACUUAUCUGGAGCGCAACUAUUUUACAUUAGUGGAAAUACAUUUGCGCAUACUAACAUAAACACAAGAAGUUAAGUAUUUACGUUUUAUAUAUUUAUUACAGAACAUUUAUUCCCCACCAUUAAUUUAUUUUCACAUCUGCAACAACAUUAUAUUUUUUAUUUGUCGGACAAUACAGUAGGAAUUUAUUAAAAAAAAAAUUAAAAAAACACUACUUGAAGAAAUAACUAGUUUAACCAUUUUGAUACCAACACCUAGUCUCCAGUCUCAACAGAAAGGAUCAUUUAAACUCCAGUGUUGUAGGACUUCUUUUCAGUUAGGAAAUUAUCUUCCUCAUGUAUGUUUACAGGUUCAAAGGGGUUGACUUUGCUUUUGGUAUGGAUAUUGUUUUAGUAUGUAUUCAUCUUUUUAAGAGAAUACCCUAAAGAUUAACCGGACUAGUGAAUAUAAACUAAGUUUUUUAAAAUUUUAGGAUCCAAAAUUUUAGCUUCAACUUUUUUAUAGUAUUGUGAAAUCCUAUUUCCAUAUCGGUAACCUCCAUAAUACAAUUAAGCUUUUUAAAACUACAACAGACUGCUUGGACUGGAUUAAAAAAGUUGUAUUGGAUGUUAUUAUUUUAUUGCUUGGGUACACAUGUCAAUGUGGUGUUUGUUAUGCCAAGGGAAAGUACUCUGAAAUAAUCCAUUGAGUCAUCCUUGUGUGUAUUUAUAUCCCUGUGAUAAGUGCUUUUUUUGUAUCUAUUUAUAGCAAUAGGUUAUAUAUAUUUACAUUACAUGCUAGAAAUUUAUUGCACUAUUAUGAUGUAAAUUGACUUUAAGCAGAAUCAAUUUUAUGAUGUGCUGUUGUAGUUAAAAUAGUUGUAAUGCAGAGAAUGUUUUUUGAUGAACAGGGUUGUAUAAAAUACUAAGUAGAGAAAUUUUCUUAGCUGUUGUCAUUUGCCUUGUAGCUUUCUGAUGAUAACUGGGUUGUAAAAAAAAAAAGAUGAUAAUUUUAUUUGGAGGGUAAUAAGUUUUAUAAAUAGAUUGUGCUUUGGUUAAUGUGUUAUCAAUAUAUGUACAGGGCCAUUUAUGCCACAGUUGUAUUUUAUAAACAAAUUAUUAGUUGCCACUUGUCAAUUGUUUUGUUUCAAUUAACUCUUUCACUCUUUAAUUUAUAGUGUACCAAGCAAGCAUGUCAAAUCCAACUUGGCAAUGCUAAGAUGGACUGUUGAGUUUAGUUUUAAAAAUCUGGCCAGUUUUUAGAUAGGAUUUAAAAUCAAUUAUAAAGUUUACUUAAAAACUUGGCCUGUGCUGGGUUUUGGUACACAUUCCUAUUGGUACGCACUUGUAUGUUCUACAUAUUUCUGUGCAAACAAGUGUAUGUUGUACAGUGUUUCGGCUACAUGUUUGUCAAUUAAACCUGUUAAUACAUCUUUAAAAAUACACACUGAAGUUUUACCUCA